AUAUCUAACAUUAUUUUAGUGUAAUGUCAGGAAAUGAGACGACACUUCAGGAUAACUCUACCUCUGGAUCGCUUUUAAAGGUGUACCUGCGACUGAGGGACACUAAAGAGCACAACGACGUGUACUAUGUGGACACUGAAGAUCCUGUCUCCCUGGUAGCAACGGCUCCAGAGAACUCUGAAACUCACAAGAACUCUCACCGGAACCAUACUCUCUCCGUUCAGAAGUUUAAGUUCUCCAAGAUAUUUGUACCCAGUACAACCCAACCUGAACUGUUUGAGAGCACUGCUCUCCCUCUGCUAGACGAGUGCCUGAAUCUAGAGAACAACGCUCUACUCUUUACCUACGGAGUGACCGCUAGUGGCAAAACACACACAGUUCAAGGUCCUCGACAUGAUGCCGGCCUGCUGCCCAGAUCUCUGGAUCUGAUAUUCAACUCGCUCGGUUCGCACAUCAAGCCAAGGUCGAUGUUCUGUCCACAUUUGCACAGUGAAGUUUGUAAGAUGACUGAGAAACUGCAACAUCAGAACGAACAGAGGAAACAACGGAUACUCUACCCUCCCAACACAUCCCAGGAUUUGGAAAUAACUGGGCUGACUGAUCCUAACUCAACUCGGUGUACUAUUGGGAGUAUGACAAGCGAAUGUACUGCCUCUUCUUCAGACGAAAAUACAAGUUAUCAGAUAACAGAUAACGUGUUGGUCCACCUGUCCAACCCAGAGAACAUUCAGUACAGUGUGUGGGUUAGCUACUUGGAACUUUAUAACGAGAAUGUAUACGAUCUUCUUCAGCCUCCUCCCGAACAAGGUGAAAUGAAGCCUCGUGACCGACAAGCGCUAAGACUGGGGGAGGACCACAAGAUGUCGGUGUAUGUAAAGGGAGCCACACAGCUGGAGGUCUGCUCGUUUGCUGAGGCUAACAGAGCCUUGAUGUACGGCCAGAGGAAUAGAAAGAAAGCUGCUACGAGCAUGAACCAAAGCUCCAGCAGGUCACAUGCCAUCUUUAAAAUAACAGUCAUCGCUACAAACACCAUCUCCCAACAAAGCAAAUGCAGCCAGAUAACAUUUGUGGAUUUGGCGGGAAGUGAACGGUACGGUAAGACGAACACAGCAGGGGUGCGGCUAAAAGAGGCCGGUAACAUCAACACCUCCCUUCUUACUCUAGGCAAAUGCAUCUCCUCCCUCAAACACAACUCAAAACUCCGACCCCGACAAGCGACCCAGGCCCAGAUUGUUCCAUUCAGAGAGAGCAAACUCACGAGGCUGUUCAAGAACUUUCUGUCGGGGGAGGGUUUAAUAACUAUGAUUGUUUGUGUGAACCCGCACAAAGACUUCUUCGACGAAAGUAUCCAUGCUCUUAAGUUUUCUGCUCUGGCCACGGAGGCUCUGCUACUGCCCCGACCUCCGAGUAGGAUAGAACAGGCUACAACUUCUGACGAGAACAAGAUGUCUGAACUAGACUUGCAGCAGAUGAAGUACGAGAUAAGAACAGAAGUGCUGGGAGAAGUGCAACAGAGAAUAAAGAGGAUGAGAAAGAAUCACGAGGAGGAUUUGGCAGCUCAAAAGGAGCGAGAAGAUAGAUACCACGAGGGAGUGGAGGCUGGUCUUCAACAAUACUACAAAGGUGUUAUUGAUGAACUCAAGAAAAAAGUUAGAGAUGCCCGUGCACAGAACGGUUACACCGGGAGUAAAGAAAGUCAGGAGAAGAUAACGAAAAAAGAGGAAACUAUAACAGUUCUAAAGAAGCAAUGUCAGGAAUUAGACGAAGAAUUGCAACAGACCAGAUCAGAGCACAAACUCUUCAAAGCAGAGAUAGACCAGCAGCUGUUCCAGACAAAACUUGAACUUAAGACAACUCAGCAGUUGUACCAUGACGGGAAUCAGGAAAAGGAGAGGUUUGCGAACUCGAUAUCAGAGAAAGAGAACGAGAUAAAGAGGAUGUUCCAAGACUUGGAGGAGGCGACAAAGCUGUCCACAUUCUGGGAAAAGGAAUGUAACGACCUGAAGGCUGCUAACGCACAGCAGAUUGAAAGGCUACAAUGCCAACUGAAAGAAGGUGCAACAAAGCAGCACAGAUUGGAAACGGAGAUCACCGAGAAGACAGAUGUUAUCCAGAAGAUCACUAAAGAAUCUCUCCAAAAAGAUGGCGGAAAACAAGAGCUUGAGGAGCUUAGGAAACAAGUUGAAGUGGAGAGACAGAUUAUUACCCAGACAAACUCAGAGAAAUCUCAGCUACAGUCUGAUCUCAGAACUACUCAGACUAAGAUUGAAAGGCUACAAUGCCAACUGAAAGAAGGUGCAACAAAGCAGCACAGAUUGGAAACGGAGAUCACCGAAAAGACAGACGUUAUCCAGAAGAUCACUAAAGAAUCUCUCCAAAAAGAUGGCGGGAAACAAGAGCUGGAGGAGCUGAGGAAACAAGUUGAAGCGGAGAGACAGAUUAUUACCCAGACAAACUCAGAGAAAUCUCAGCUACAGUCUGAUCUCAGAACUACUCAGACUAAGUUAGAGGAAAUGAGAGGAGUGACCCAGCAAGAUAAGAAGGAUAUCACGCUACUGAAGGAUAACUGUACCGAGUACACCGCUCUUAUCUCUAAUCUCAAGUCUCAACUGGAGACUCUUCAACAGCCUUCGCAGAUUUUAUCGUCUCAAGAGAGCAAGGAGAACAAGGAGAAUCAGGAGCCAGACUCCCUGAGGAGCCGUCUUACAGCCGCGCAGGAGCAGGUUCAGGAGAAGAACAAGCUAAUUUCUGAACUAGAGGAGGAACUUGGAGACAUCGUCAGGAACAAGUCACUCCAGUUUGAUACCCUGAUCUGCAACAAAGAAAAGGAAUGCGAGGAACUGCAAGCUACACUGACCAGAAAAGACGAUAUAAUCUCAAAUACGAACAACAAAUUACAAGACCUAGAAAGUUUGGUGAAUAGCCAAAAACAGAAAAUUCUGGAACUUCAGGAUUUGGCGUCAGUUCAAAAGGAACAUUUGUGGUCCGUCGAGCUGGGAGCUAAAGAUGAUGUGGAGAGGUUGCAGUUAGAGAUCGAACUACUCCAAGGUGGUAAAUCUGAAAACUCCACUUUAACGAUGGGGAACACAGCAGAAUUGGAGAGACAAGUUAACAAGCUGAGGGUGGGGUGUGAGCUCAACAAACAGGAGGCAGAUAGAGUGAAGGUUGAGCUAGCUGCAGCUCAGCGCAAGAUGACUGAUGAACUUAAAAAACACAAGGACACCAUCGACGCUAAGGAUAUUGAGCUCAGGAAUUGGUACGAUGAAAAAGAAAAGGCUGUGAAGAUGAUAUCAAACAAGAAAGAAAAAGAAAUAUCAGCUCUAGAAAAACUUCUUGAAGAUAAAGAUAUGCUCAUCAAGAAUUUGGAGCAGAAUACUGUCGCUACGGUCGCUGUGGAUUGCCUGAGCCCGGCGAUGGGCUCAGAGGAGUAUAUACGGUUGAGCGAGGAGAGCAAGAGGAAGUUGACAGAGAUGGCAGACAUGGUUAUACAGAUGGAAACUGACCGGGAUGAGACCCGGGCGGAGUUUGAGAAAUUCAAAUCUCAGAUAGACGAAGCGAUAUCAGAGAAAGAAACCAAGUUUGCGGAGCUGCGAGCGGAGCUGGCGAGCACAGAAAAACGAAACAAGGAACAGCAAGAAACUGUCUCCACCGCUCUGGCACGAAGCAUUGAACUGGAACAAAACGUGUCUGAGUUGAAAAGGGAGAUGGAAUGUAUGGAGACGAAGAGAAGCAAACAAGUGUCCGCUGAACUGGACGAGGGAGGCAGAGAAUCAACUCAAUCUUCGAGAAGUUCCAAUAGGAUAUCAAACAAACCCUCAUCUCGAACAUCCGCUCUAAACCAUUCCAGACGGUCGUCAGGUCAACGCAGGUCAGGAUCAAAUGUUGGUGGUAGCAGAACAAGCGGCAAAAGACCGGUUGUUAAGACAGCUUCUAGACGGACCUCUCAAGUGCUCAUCAAUAAAACUCUCAAUACCAACAGGUCGAAGAAGAGUCGCAUUCAGCCCAUAGAGGAGUCACCAUCGUCCGAUAACUUUGCUACUCCAGGAUCCGUCGGUGUGAAGAGAAAAGCUACUUUAAAAGGAUUGAAAGAUUUGCUUACUGGUUCAUCGCCCAGACAAUCCAAGCGAGGAAAAGCUGCUCCUAUCUCCGUAUCAGAAAGUGACAGCGACUUCGCAACACCUUCACAACCUGAGCCAAAAAGAGGCAAACGAAAGCUCCACAAAUCUCAGAUCAGUACACCGGAGCUGAUCCCUCCGCCGGAGCGGCCUGGACUAAGGGACGUCGUCCCGGACACACCGGACACCGAGACUAAGAUCACUCGCUCCCGGACCAAGCUCAUUCAGGAGCACCUCAGCGGGAAGAAUCUUAGGAAAACGAGAAGUAGGGCAACCAGGAUAUAAAGACAUAAGAAAUAAGAGGGUUGUUCAACAAACUGUCUCAGAUAGAAAGUGCUCGGUUGGAAUAUCAUGCCAUGAUCGAACAAUGUUUUCAGUUUUAGUGAACUUGAUUUAAGCCAAUAAUUUCAUAUAGCACCUCUUAUCGUGAGUGUCGUGGAUUCCUAACAGGCCCAUUUGAAGCUUCAGAAUGAUAUUGAUUCUUAGAAUAGCGCACGCGUUUAUCAAUUUCACAUAAUAUUAAUAUUAGUAAAACCUAGUCACUCUACAUGGUAUUUUUGACUAUUUUUGUUUAAUCUUUCUGGAUUUCUAAAAUCAGCUAUAGACGGUAGACCGAUCAGAAAAUUGAAUCGUAUGCCAACAAUCUUAACCUAUUAGAAGCUUAGAUUUUAGUGAAUUAAACUACAAUUUGUUUGUCCCUUGCAAACUUACCCUGCUAGUAGUGUAUGAUAUUCAGAUGACGUGUACUCAUAGCUUUGGUAGUGAUUAAAGUAUGAUUAAAAUGGUGUAUUUUGUGACUGAAACAGACGAAACAGUUUUUGAAUUUAUCUUACAUUAUAUUUGAUCUAACUUUUCCUCUUUAUUAUCCCCCUAAUGUUACUAUUUAUUGAUUGCAAAAUUUGUAUAAUUCAUUCAAAUGAUGCCAUUCUAUUACUUGAUUUC